CACGGUGAGACAUGGCGGAGUUUGGAGUCGCAGGCAGGGAUGUUGGGUAGUUUUGUUUUUACAGUUUCCAAAAAUGCUCACAGAGCUUAAGUUCUGGGUUAAUUUCACUUCGUAGCAUGGCAGAGUCCAGCCUGAAGUAGCAGGGAGGUUUAUUUAUUUAUUUUUUCUCUCUCGCGAAGGACGGAGCGGCGGGCGUCGGAGGAGGGGGAGAAGGGAAAAAAAAUGUGUUGUCAUCUUUGCUCUGUCAACAGCUCGAGGCAACAAACAUGGCUCCUUCUUGUGUAUCCUUCAUUUCGGGGUGAGAACCGUCCCGUGUGGGUCGAGCGGGACUGUUUUCAGUAGCUCGCCCGAAGUGAGGUCGACUUAACACGGCGAGAGACUUCGAAGUGGAGAGGAGGAGGAGGAGGAGAAGGAGGGGGAGGAAGGAAAAUGGAGCUCCAGCAUAAAGAGUUGCUGGAGAAACACUACCAGAACUUGCUGGAGUCCGUCACGAACCCGGAGCAAGUCGUGGACGUGUUGGCUCGCCGCGGCGCCCUCAGCCAGCCCGAGCUGCUGGAGCUGGGACACCGCUGCGUCUCCGGUUCCGACAAAGUGGACCUCCUGCUGAAGGUCCUGAUGAGCAAGGACAGGGACUGCUUCGCGGAGUUCUGCGCGGCUCUGGAGGCGACGCACCCUCACCUGCGCUGCCUGCUGCUGGAUGGCGUCGGGCCAGUGGAUCACACUGCUGGGUCCACUUACAGCGUUCUGUCCACCAUGCCAUCGGACUCGGAGAGCAGCAGCUCGCUCAGCAGCUUGGGUGAGUGUGGCACCCCUGGUACCUCUGGUCAAGCCUCUUCCCCUUUGCCUGCCCACGCCGACGUACAUCAGGCAAAUGAAAAGAUGGAGGCGGUGCUGUUUCAGCUGAGACAAGUGACCCAUGAGAGGGAUGAACUGCUCAAGUGUGUGGCCCUCCCUUCGCCUGGAAACGCUUUUGAGGAAUGCAGACUGAACUCAAGAUCAGGUCAUGACUAUGAGCGUCUAAAGCUGCAGUGCAUGAAGGCAAUGGCGGACCUGCAAUCCCUGCAGAACCAGCACAGCACCACCCUGAAGAGGUGUGAGGAGGCCGUGAAGAAAGCAGAUUUUUUUCGACGUCUAGCGAUUGACCACAACCAGCUGAAAGAAGAGCUGGAGGCUGUGAGGCAACACAACAUCCAGCUGGUCAGAGAGCACAACCACGUGAAGCAGACCUGCGAGGAGCUCAGGAGGCUGCGUGAGGAAGACCAGAGGGAGGUGGCUGACAUGAGGACGCUGCACCAGCAGGUUAUGAGAGAAGGAUCAUCGGAUGUCCUGAACAAGCUGUACGAAACAGCUGUGGAUAAACUGGAGGCAAUGAAGAGCGACUACGAAGCUCUGAGGAAGCGCUACAACGACAAGACAGCCAGUCAGAACGCAGAGUUGAGCCGUUUGGACCAAUUAGAGGAAGAGAAUCACCGACUGCAAAAGACGCUGGAUAUACUGUCGAAACAGAGGGAUGCUGCCGUCCACUAUCAGCAGCAGCUCUCCACGUCUGUUCAAAGGUUCGACAACACUCAACAUGAGCUUUCCAAGGCCACAGUCCAGAAUUUGGAGCUACAGCGAGAGCUGGAGCGGCUGCAGUCGGAGACGACACGACUUAAGACCCAGCAGCUGAAGGCCGUAAAGGACUGCGAGAAGUUCAAGGAGGAGCGGGAUUCUGUGAUCAGCGAGUACCGCCUGAUCAUGAGCGAGAGGGACCAGGUGAUCAAGGAGGUGGACCGGCUCCAGACGGGGCUAGAGGUGGCGGAGGCGAAGCUAAAGAACAAUUGCUCAGAGAGACGGGUGGCCAGUGAGGAGCUGGAGGCUUUACAACAAGAGCUGUCUUCAGCGCUGGUGGACAGGGACCGAGCUAUCUGUGAAAAGAACGAGUUGCUGGAGAAAUACUGUCAUGAGGUAAAGGAUAAGGCUGAGGCCCAGAAGGAGCUGAACCAGGCCUGCAAGGACAUUGAGAUGGUGCGCGAGGAAAGGGAUGUGGCCCGCAAGGAGAGAACAGAAGCCAUCAUCCAAAGGGAUCAACUGCUGCGGGAGUAUUACCAGGCCAGACAGAAACAAGACUCUGCCACCCUGGACAUGGAGCGUGCCAACAAAGAGAUCGAGAUUCUCAGGAAGCAGUACGAGGCCAUUUCUCAGGAGCUGAAAGAGGCUCUGCAAGAGGCAGAGGUUGCCAAAUGUCGACGCGACUGGGCCUUCCAGGAGAGGGACAAGAUCGUGGCAGAGAGGGAGAGCAUCCGGACGUUGUGUGACAACCUGAGACGAGAGAGGGACAGGGCUGUGAGCGAUCUAGCGGAUGCCCUGAGGAAUCUGGAUGAUACGAGGAAGCAGAAGAACGAUGCAGUUCGGGAACUCAAAGAACUAAAAGAAAAGCUGAACAACACGCUGGAGAUGGAAGCCAGAUAUUGCCAGCUAAUGGCUCAUAGUUCCCAUGACUCGGCCAUAGACACAGACUCCAUAGAGUGGGAAACAGAAGUUGUAGAGUUGGAAAAGCGUAGAGAUAUGGAUUUGAAAGCACUUGGUUUUGAUAUUGCUGAAUGUGUAAAUGAUCCAAAUUUACCAGGAGAUAGUGGGAUAUUUGUUUCCAAGGUGGACAAAGGAAGUAUUGCAGAAGGAAGAUUAAGGGUGAACGACUGGUUGUUGAAAAUUAAUGAUGUGGAUCUGACCAAUAAGGACAGAAAGCAGGUUCUCAAAGCUGUGUUGAGCAGGGAUGGAGUGAUCAAUAUGGUGGUUCGAAGGAGGAAGUCCCUUGGAGGACGGAUCAUCACUCCAAUCCAGAUUGACCUGGCGGGACACAAAGACUGUGGAAUUGGUUUGGAGAGCGGAGUGUUUGUUGCCACUUUGGCUGCAGGAAGUCCUGCUGCCAGAGACUGUAAUCUUGCUGUUGGUGACAGACUAUUGGCUAUCAAUGGUAUUGAACUUCAUGACCGGUCUCUCUCUGAAUGUGAGUCUCUGCUGAGGACGUGCGGCAACUCUCUCAACAUCUCCCUUAUGAAGUUCCUUCCACAGAGCUCUUCUGGACAGAAUUUAUUUGAAGCGUCGAGGGACUCUGAAAAGACUUUGUGCCUCCGAUCCAGCGAGCUCCACCUCAGGGGCUGCAGGAACUCCAAGCACAAUUGCUCGACUCAAACUGACAUUUGCAGCUGCAAGUCAGGCAGCAGAGAAGAGGAAGUAUGUAAGGUCGCAUGCGAUUCCAUGGAAAACGGCGGCAACAGCUGUGCUCAUUCCCAUCACAAAUCCUUUUCUAGCUUCUCCCAGCACUCCUGCUCUCUUUCAGUUUCCCACAGUCUGUCUGAGCCCCAUCCAGCGCUCUGCUACCAGAGGCAGGACAUCAAUCCCUGCUCCCUUACUUUCACCCCUUUGGUCUCUGACUGCACCACCGCUCUCCCGUCUGCGGACAGUGAGCAGAACCCACCGGUGAAGGCUGGUGGAGGGACAUGGCCUAAAGUCAUAGUCGGGGCUUCCUUCACCGAAUGCACUCAGCUGUCUAUCUUCAAAAGACCCAAACAGAGGAAAUCCAUCUUUGAUGUAAACGCGUUCAUGGGGCCAGAGGCAGCCCCUAAACUGGACUACAUGUCUCUUUCUCAAAUGUCUAAGCAUUCGCCGCAGAGCUCCAUGUCCGAAACCCCCCAGACGCCUCCCACCCCGCCCACCAGGAGCGACUCGUUCAGAUUUAAGCAUCGGCAGCAGAGUAGCUCCGCGUCUGACUCCACCAUCACCACUAGCACGCCGCCGGCCUCCCUGACCCUAGCUGCAAGCCCCCAGGAUGAGGGGUUUGUGGGAAGCCAGGAAUAUUACACCAACACACCCACAGGAAAACACAAAAAGAACCUCAAGAAAUCUGCGGAGGAGGGGGAGGAGGGCCGACGCAGGACGGUGCAGGAAAAGAGGAGGUACAGGCCAAAGUCGGCACCAGCUCUGCGGAGAAACGUGACUCCCUUACACAUUCCUGUUCCCAUGCAGUCUCAGGCUUUCUCUAACGACGAACACUCCCCUGAGCCCGUUGACCUGUUACGCUUCUCUCCUUUGAGAACUAAUCGGUACAGCGUGCCAUUCGCCCCCCAGAGCUACAUUGGCUUGACUGCACACCCGCCACAGCGACGUGUACCACAGUUUCCUGCAAUGACGGCCGCGGUGAGGAACCCAAUCUACACAGCGUGGAGUCAUGAGAUCCAGAACUGUUCUCCAGUUCUCAAUCCAAGCCUCAAUCAACUUCCACAAAGCCCCCAGCAUCAGGGUCCUCUCAGUUUGGACCUCGGCCACAAGCGGAAUGGACACUUGAGCGAGACGAACUACAGCCAACCACCACACAGCACUAAGUCUUUGCCCCAUGGAGCCAGGCUGAGCUCCCCUGGUACUUUACAGUUUAGGGCAGAACGCAUAAACAUCCCUCCGGCCCGUUACUCUCGCUCCACUGGAUCUGACAAAGGCUCUCUUUCACAUUCGGAGUGCAGCAGCCCAACGCCUCCGAUGUCCCCUGUCAACCUAGACACAUCGUCUUUCUCCAGCAGCCAAUCGCAGAGCUCAGUUUCUUCCCAUCCCAGGAUAUCUGUUAGCCCCGCUCCAGUUAGUGACAGGAGAAAGGAUGGAUUUGUUUCUUCCUACACUUCUUCUGUUAGACGUCCACCAGUGAAGCCCAAGUUCCUCUCUUUGAGAAGCUUGAGGCCUUUUUUAGGGGAGCCACGCAAUGUGACAGUACAAAAAGGUGCAGAACCACUUGGGAUCUCCAUUGUGAGUGGAGAAAGCGGAGGGGUAUUUGUCUCCAAAGUAACACCGGGGAGCAUCGCUCAUCAGGCCCGUUUAGAGUACGGAGACCAGCUGCUGGAGUUUAAUGGAAUCAACCUUCGAAAUGCCAACGAGCAUCAGGCCCGGCUUGUGAUCGGACAACAGUGUGACACAGUCACCAUUUUGGCUCAGUAUAAUCCUCACAUGUUUCAGUUGGGGAAUCACUCCCGAUCAGGUUCCCAGAUGGAGUCCACCAGCAACCAUCUGACUCCCAGCGUAGCAACCAGCCCAGACAAUCACUCCACGGUGGACGCACUGAGCGAACACGACGAGGGCACAAUGACGCCUCCAUCUAGGCAGACAACUCCUGCUACAAGUCCACACAACUCUUUCAGGCUUCCAGGCUUACAUUUACUGCGGGCUGCAGAGCCUCGCCUGGUGAGGCUGAAGAGGAUCGAUGCAGAGCUGGGUGUGCAGCUCUGCGGGGGGAACAUUUGUGGCGUCUUUGUGGAGAUGCUGGAUGAUGAAAGCCCGGCAAAGAUUCCUGACGGAUUGCUACCCGGAGACCUAAUACUGGAGUACAAUGGUGUCAGCAUGAAGAAUAAAACUAAAGAAGAUGCUUACCUGGAAAUGUUGAAACCAGCUGAAACAAUCAUGCUGAAGGUCCAGAACUGUGUGGACAGCCUUGCUGACAUCAAAGAAUCUCAAGGAGAUGGAUUUUUCAUUAGAGCACUUUAUGAGCGGGUUGCAGAAGCAGAACAGGAGCUGAGCUUUAAGAAAGAUGACAUCCUGUUUGUUGAAGACACGCUACCAAAUGGCAAUUUUGGCUUCUGGAUGGCAUGGCAGCUUGAUGAGAAUGCACAGAGGCUGGAAAAGGGACAGAUCCCAAGCAAAUACAUGAUGGAUCAGGAGUUUUACAGACGACACGGCAUGGCUGAUAUGAAAGAUGAGAACGGAACCAGUAAAUCCAUGUCUGCUGCUGCUCGGAGGUCGUUCUUCCGUCGGCGGCUGAAGACCAAGCGGAGCGGGUCCAAGGAUGGAAAGGACCUGAUGGCUCUUGACAUCAUAAACGCAGAUUCUUUACCCAUCCCAGAAGAUGGAAUGAGCCUGAUGUACCAGCGGGUUCAGAAGGUGGACUGCUCGUCCCCCAGACCGGUGCUGAUUUUGGGUCCGCUAGCAGAGGCCUGUAAAGACCUACUGGUGACAGAGGCUCCUGCUAACUUCUGUCGCUGCCUGCCCGAAAUCAUGAAGGCAUCUCAGCAGGCAAUAGAGCGGGGAGUAAAGGAUUGUGUGUUCGUCGAUUACAAACGGAGAAGCGGCCAUUUUGACGUGACAACUGUUGCAUCAAUAAAGGAGAUCAUAGAGAAGGACUGUCACUGUUUACUUGACAUUGCUCCUCACGCCAUCGAACGUCUUCACAGCGUUCACAUCUACCCAAUCGUCAUAUUCAUUCGCUACAAAAAUGCCAAGCAGAUAAAGGAGCAGAAGGAUCCUCUGUACCUGCGGGAUAAACUCUCUCAGAAACAUUCCAAGGAGCAGUUUGAGGCGGCGCAGAAAAUCGAGCAGGAGUACAGCCGUUUCUUCACAGGCGUUGUCCAAGGAGGCAGCAUCUCCUCCAUUUGCACUCAGAUCCUGACCAUUGUGGAGCACGAGCAGAAUAAAGUCCUCUGGAUUCCAGACAGAGCUGCAUAGAAAUUUGAUCCCACUCUCACACUUGUUAUGUAGCAUUUAAUUUUUUUUCCGUAGGGUACACAAUCACUUCCCUUAACGGCUAUGGUUUACUCGCUUUUACAAACAUCAGCACGGAUGAUGGUGACAAUAAUGCAAUAUUCCCACUACAUUAGUGAUGUACUGAGCAGCAGAUAGAUUCGUUUACACUAGUGUUUGAUACUUGAAUGUUUUCUUCUCCCUCGGGUGUGGUAGCACUCCUUAGAUUCCUUCUUGUUGCCAUGUAUAUGUUGGACCACAGUGAAGACCAUAUUCCUGAAGUGAUGAUGGACUAGACAAAAAUGUUCUUUUCCUUCUAUAUAUUUAUAUGCAUUUUCCUCUCAUUUAAUAUAUCUAACCUAUUUUUUUCUGAUCAUUAGGAAAAAUAUUUUCCUUUUUAAUGUUCUUAUUUAUAGAGGAGAAAAUUGUUCCUUCCAUAUGUUUUGUUUUUGUGGUAUGAAGGUUCCCUUUUCAUUUCAGUCCUCAUAAAUAAAAUUGUGCCAAGCUAGGUUUUAUUUUUGUCUUUGAAAGACUUCAGUUAAAAAUCGUGUUUUCUAAUUUUGACCAUGCUUAUGUCCUUCCAAUUCUGCCAAUGUAGCUUUUCGUUGUCAAGUUAACUAUAAAGAAGGGACUAUUUUUAUUUUAAAUCCACAGAUUUAAUGUCAGUUAAACACAUUAACAUGUAACUUGUGAUUCAUGCUGGCACGUUUCCUCUUUGAUACAACACUCAAAAAGUUGAAGGUUAAUAUUUCCCUAAGAAUAUUAAAAACAAAUAGUUGAUGAAU